CAUGUGUUACAUUCAUCUGAUGGGUGACAUUCCUCCCUCCUGCUCCCAGGACUGGGCUGAAGGUCUGCCCUAAACAGUGCAAUGUGACAAAAACUAAUUGAGCUCUUGCACAGGGAAUACAAUGGAAUCCUUAUGAUUCCUCGUGCCGUGACACAAGGAACUGUGUUGGAUCCUGUUCAUAUCAUGUAAUUCUUGUAAAGAUCCUCAAGUGUUUCUGCUCAGCAUGAAUCUCCAACCCUCUGGUGGGCUGCCUUGUCUUCCAGAAGAGACUCCUAAUGACACCUUUACAGUUGAACAGGAAAAUGACAAUAUGGAUUUUACUAAGGAAUGUGGGACCCUGAGCCAUUAGCUGAUAUACGUGUGAUUCCUGUUUUCUUACAGGGAGCAGCAAACUGGACCUCUUCUUAAAUUAAGAUAUCCCAAUGCAUGUGAUGGGGCCUGAAUGGUAAACAUGCCUGCAGUAGUUUGUGUGGGUUCUUUCUCUGGGAUCCGAGCUCUAUGGGAGGGCCGCAUCCAAAAGCACCAGGAGGAGCUGAAAGAGGAGAAUGAGCGGAGGGCAAGGGCAUCUGUGGGACAAAUAUCCAAUAUAUGGGAGAGCCGCAUCCAACUGUCCAGACUGAAGGAAAAGGUUUUCAAUGAAGAUGGAAGAUUGAUCCUAAGAAUUGAAAAGGAAGAGUGGAAGACACUGCCACCAUGUUUGGUGAAGAUUCCUCAGCUGCAGGAAUGGCAGAUACACCGCACAGGUCUAACAGCAAUCCCCACAUUCAUUGCACAUUUUACUAAUCUACUGGUCCUGGAUUUGUCUCGGAAUUCUAUAGCUAAAAUCCCACGGGAGAUUGGAAAACUCACUAAACUGCGUGAGCUCUUGCUUAGCUAUAACCGGAUCUCAGAUAUUCCUGCAGAACUCUGUACCUGUGAGAGUCUGGAAAAGCUGGAUCUUUCUGUAAACAGAGAUAUCUCAGAUCUCCCUUCCCAGCUCAGUUCACUGGCACGGCUCAUACACCUGGACCUGAGCAUGAACCAGUUUGCCAGUAUCCCCAGGGCAGUAGUUGAGAUGCCAGCUCUAGAAUGGUUGGACAUGGGGAGUAACAGACUGAAGGAUCUUCCACAGGACAUAGACAGGAUGCAACAUGUACAUGCCUUGUGGCUACAACGCAAUGAAAUUUCUCAUCUCCCAGACUCCAUCGGUUCCAUGCGGAAUCUCAGCACUCUAGUUCUCUGCAACAAUCAGAUGAGGGGAAUCCCUAAAAGUCUGCAGAGCUUGUCCAACCUCUGGUUUGUUAACUUCAGAGAUAAUCCUCUUGAGCUUCAAGUGACACUGCCCAAAUGUGAGGAUGAUGAUGAAGACAGAGAACUGUUUGGGCUAGAGUUCAUGAAUGCAUAUAUAGAGGAGUCGUUCAGGCUUGGUACAACAGGUAGGAGUUUUGUGUCGAUGUAAACACAAAUAUAUUAAGCAAUAAUAUAAUCUAUUCAAGUUUGCAUUUAAAUAUUCUAUACAUAUUCAUUAAUAUAUGCUAAAUGCCAGAUAUUCAUAUUAACAUUUGUGUUUAUUGAGCAGUGGAACCUGCCAUAAAUUUUUAAUCACAUUUACUCAAUGGUUUCCUUUUUCUUUUGUUAGCAGGACAUUUUUUGGGUGUUUCUCACCACCCCAAUACUGAUGACAGGGAUAAGCAACCCUCGGCACUCCAGGGGAGCUAUAUAUAGAAUUUAUGCCACUUUACAUUAUGUAAAAAAGUAUUUAAAAAGCGUGUACAUCCAAAAUGCGUAAAACAGCAGAGUAAUUAUGAAAAAAGUUAAUGUAAAAUACUGGCAUUAUGGUUGGAGUUAAUUGGCACUAUUUAUAGAUGCACAAACUCCAGGAUUAACAUAUAAGUAUUAGAGGGGAUCGAUUCUAAGGUGGCUUUUUCUUAAUUUUAAAGAAUUUUUAAAUGAACUUUGAAAAAUGUGCAAAAGUUGUUGCAAAAAUACAAUUCCCAUAAUUUCUAUAUCAUGUGAGCUGCUGAAGGAAUUCUGGGAGUUUUAAAACAUCUAGAGUGACAAGAGUUUGCCUGUCCUGGCUGGCAAUGUAAAGGUUUAAAUGAGAUGCAAAAGAGGCAAAGGACAUGUUAUAUUUAGAUUAACUGAAGCCACUGUAUUAGUAUGGAGAGGAGAAUGUAGAAUUAGGGCUGAAAUCACCAGUGAUUGGCAAACUAACAGUAAAAACAAUAAAAAUAUUUAUUUCAUUCCACUUUCAGAUUAAACUGAGAUUGCAAAUGGAGGCCGAAUAAACAAACAAUAAAA